AUGACUGUGCGCUGCCUGAACGAGGACGCCGAGGGGUCCUGCCGCAACGUGUUCCGGCCGUGGGAGGCGCGAACCCAGCCCGUGGCGCAGCCCCUGCGCAGCGACCCCGACGACGAAGAGCUCCUGCUCACUGUGCCGUUUGACGGAGCGGUGAAGCUCAAGGCUGUGUGCGUCAUCGGCGGUGGAGAGGGCCGGGCGCCGGCCAAGAUGCGGCUCUUCAUAAACCGUGACGACCUCGAUUUCAGCGCGGCCCACGCCAUGGCGCCCGUCCAGGAGUUUGAAUUGCAGCAGGACAACGCCAGCGGCACAGUAGAGUACCCGACACAGGUGGCCAAGUUUGGCAGCGUCCACACCCUGACGCUGCACUUCCAGGGGACCUUUGGGUCCGACCAGAGCGAGAUCACAUUCAUAGGGCUGAAGGGCGACUUUUCAGAGCGCAACCGCCGGGCGGUGGAGGCUGUUUACGAGCUGCGGCCGGUGCCAGAAGACCACAAAGUGCCCGGCAUGAAGCAGGGCGGCCACUUUGACGUCGCAUGA